AUGACCUCAUAUUUACGAAAGUAUGUAACUGCACUUGCAUCAGCAAAAGAUUAUAUAGCUCAAUGGUCAUCUGAUCAUGUUUUUGCUGAUGAAGAACUUAUUGUACCAUUUCCAACAUUAGCUAUAUAUGAUCCAAAUAAACGUAUUUGGACAGUACAUAUUAAAGCUUGGGUAUAUUUACCAUUGCAAACAAAAUCAUUAACAAGUUAUCUUCCGUCAUUGCCAAGUUUUUUAACUAGUAGUAAAAGUAAUGAAAAACAAAAUGAAGAAACAAAAACGAACGAAGAGAAAAUGGAAGAUUGUAUUAAUGUCAAUGAUGAAAAUAAAAGAACAAUAACAGUUUCGAAUGAAGAAAAUGAAAAGAAAAUAACUGAAGAAUCCGAAUCAACAACUGAUGAUAAAGUGGAUCAAGAUAAAAAAGAUGUAGCAGCUGUUGCUAGUAAAGAAAAUGAUCAAACAAAGAAUAAAGAUGGAUCCAGUGAUGAAGCAAACGAUUUCGCUGAUGAUUUGUAUGAAGAAGCUUUGCAAGAAGAAUUUGGUACACCUGAUGAAAAUCCUGGUCGAUUAGGUUUAUUUUUUGUUGGAAGUUCUGUUAAAAUUGUAACUAAAUCAAUUAUAAAUGGUGUUGAACAUUUGCUGCAACCAGCAGAUGAAAGUGGUUUUAUUGAAGAAAAUCUUGAACUUUCAGAUGAAGAAAUUCAAUCACUUUCUACAACAACUCAUUCCGAUUCGCAAGAUAGAAAAUUUGAAUAUCAAAUACAGAUUGAUCAAAGUAAAAAGACAGACAAAAGACAAAAAAAAGAUGAUAAUAAUAAAACAUUUCAAUGUACAAUUUACGUUCUUUCUCCUGAUGGUUUUAGUGUUAUAUCAGAUAUUGAUGAUACAAUUAAAGUUUCUGAUGUACUUAGUAAAAGAUUAUUGUUGAAACAUACUUUUUACAGUUAUUUUAAACCGAUUGAAGGUAUAAGUGAUCUUUAUCAAAAAUGGCAUGAACAAAAAUGUCAAUUUCAUUAUGUUAGUGCAAGUCCAUGGCAAUUGUAUCCUGCUCUUCGUUGUUUCUUGGCAAAAUAUAACUUUCCAAUAGGAACUAUGAAUUUGAGAAAGUUUACAUGGGAUUUGAAAUUUUUUAAGCCAGCCGAUACAUAUAAAAUUGAAACUAUUUCAGAAAUUAUUGAUGCUUAUCCACUAAGAAAAUAUAUUUGUGUUGGUGAUUCAGGUGAACUUGAUCCUGAAAUUUAUUCAAAAUUAUAUAUUAAAUAUCCUCAAUCAAUUGUCCAUAUAUUUAUUCGUGAUAUUUGUCGAACACCUGUAUGUUUACUAACAUGUGAAGAAAGAUAUAAAAAAGCAUUCGAAAAUAUACCAAAAGAACGUUGGACUAUAUUUAAACACGCCAAAGAAAUUGAAACAGAUAUUAAUAAAUUUCUUUCUGUGUAG